AUGAAAAACAAACCGUUGAAGCACAAAGGAGCGAAUGCAUUUCAUUUUAAAUCAUUCCGUGACCGUAUUAAAGACAUCGAUGUACGUCAGAGUGCGCUGUAUCGGGUUGAAACAGACCACGAUCUGCCGGAUCGCGAGGAUGGCACAUUCUUCCAUGCAGCACUGAGAAAGUGGUCUCUGCUGAAUUUAACAAACGAAUAUAUAGCGUACCAGCGGCAAUUCAAAGAUACAAUUACACUUCCCUUGUUGCUGUUCAACAAAGAUACCAUCCUGACGCAUCUGCUCACCUGUCUGGACGAAGCAACCGAUGCGGCUUUGGAACCACUGUUGGAAUUGGUGGUGGCACUGGCAAAAGAUUUGCGGAAUGAGUUUCACUUCCACUUUGCGCGUGUUUUCGACGUCCUUAAGCAGUUUCUUCACUCGCCAAGCGCGGAUCGCGUAGAAUGGACGUUGCUGUGUUUGGCCCACCUGUUCAAAGUCCUUCGAAGUUUCUUGCGGAAUGACUUCAUUGCUACGUUUCACCGAUUAUCACCAAUGCUGGAUGAAUCGAGCAACCCUUUGCACGUCGUCGAUUUUGCUACAGAGUGCCUGGGAUACUUGGCGCGGGAUCUCAAAGAUAAACGGGUGCUUUUGAAUCAGCUGUUGAAAUGGCAAAUGCAGGACGACGGAUACACGGUAGCAUGCGGAAGGUUGCUGUUCGAAUUGUUGCACGGUGUGCAGGAUCAGUUCCAUACCAUGGCGAAGAGAACGAUGCAGCAGUAUUUCGUCACCCUGCAAGAACUGGACCAGAAUGAAGCGGAUCGUUUGCAGGACAUACUGACGCAAACCAUCACUGACAUCGUAGAACGUAUUCAACCUGGCGAUAUAUCGAUUUUCUGGGACACAAUGCGCAGCACGAUAGAUAGCUGCCUUGACACAUUACAAAACGCAGAAGAUUCCGAAGCCCGUGCUGUAGAGUACUUAACGCGUCUCCUGCAACUGAGCGGCAUCGUAUUGGAGCACAAAGAAGGACGACUUCUAGGAGAUGGUGUUUCGGCCACCGUGUCACAAUUAAUUCGAAUGCUCACAAUACAGACAGUGGCAGCUCCGAGCAGUGAGUUUAGUGAUACGAUCGUCAACCAGAUAAUCGUAUUGUUACGCUCAAAAUACAUUCAUCUAACGCAGCUGGAAGUGAGCCGUUUGGUGCUGAACGUGCUGAUGCUCGAGCAGCGGCCACUAUACGAAAGGUUCAUAGCGUCCACUGUUCACUGCUCCAUGUUUGAAGCGCUUAUAUGGCCGAAUUUUGUGAAAAUGCUUGAUUUAGAAAUGGACGACGCUAGGCUGCAUUUUCUGGCCAAUCUUCUGCUCCAAAAGGUACCCCUGUGUGGCAACGGGGAGCAACUGCGGGAGUGGAAACCGUUUCCAGUGAAUGUAAAACCCAAUGGCCAGUUCGUGCGUUACGUGAAAGCUUUACUGUCCAUCGAAAGCCUGGAUUCAGCAAACACACUCAAUAAUUUCGAACUGCUUUUGAGUUUAGUGAUAGUGUUACCGCAUCUUAAAAAUGUCGGUGGCUUGGCGAAUGUUUCCAGCAUAUUAGGAAAACUUGUUCACAGAGCGACGAACGAAAUCAAAGACGACCUUGCCUCUUCGAAAACUCCUCAAGUCGUACAUCUUAUUGCCGUGACGGUGGAAACAAUCGUACACUUGCAAGAGAUAGAAGGUCAUGCAUGCUUGGAUCUGGUGGAAAGAUUGCUAUCCAUCGUAACCGUAUGCAAUUGUCUAAUGCUGAACAGUGUGCACUUGCUCGUGCAGUUCAUUAUGGACCGAUGGAAGGACAUCGCUACGUAUAAAUGGUUUUUGAAGCAGCACUCAUCGUUGCACCCUCUGCUGUCAUCGUAUGAUUGCAGGGUGAGAAAAAUGGUCAGUGGAAUUUUUGCAAAAUUCGUUCACCUUCCCCAGUUGACGGCAGGAAUGGGUCCCCUCUAUGCAACGAUUGCCCGGAUUGAAUGUAUUGAGCCUCUCAUACACACCUACCGCGAACAAUUGCUGCUUUUCCAGGAUCUUGCCUACGAGAGCAACCUGCACAAACAAUCGUUUUCCGGAGCGCAGAGCGAAUGGACAGAAACCGUGCUACGCUACAUGAUGGCAGUAUUCGCCAUCAAUUUUAAGCUGCUGUGGGAACCAGCGGCCACGAUCAUAAAGGAUUACGCGGAUAGUAUGACGAAAUCGGAAGAAACAUUGUUUUGGAAGGUGUACGAAUCCAUGCUAACAAUGGCCGAAGCAAAGCUGCCUCACCAGGCGCAUCAUGAAAUUUCGGAGAUGGAAACUGACGACUCCGAAGAUGCCUCCGUGCAACAAAUAUUACACAAAGUGAAGAGCUCUUUUGGCAAACACCCAAACAUCGAUUAUCACCACGUGCACAUUCAGCUUCUAGCGACGUUACGAAAAUGCACGACAUUCUGUCGCUCGAAAGGAAGCUUGAUCGUGGAGCGUUUUUACACGUUUCUUGGUUCGGCAGACCAGAGUAGUGCCAUUUCUGACCUAUCAACGGAAAUUGACAGCGGCGAAAAGUUGAAUAGCGAAACCAAGCGCAAGAGCAGCAAAGGAGCCGGGAAACACACGCAGCAGGUGUUGCUGUGUUAUCUUAAUAUAUGCAGUGAUCUGGAUAGAAAAUCGCUCGGGAGAAAAGCAAACUGCUUGUACGCUACUUACGAGACACUCGCCAGCAGUCGGAACGAAGACAUCCAGAAGGCGGCCCUGACAGGGAUAUUCUCUUUCGGCAAUGCCGACCUGACUCCAUACAAGGAUUUUUUUUUUCGCGUUACAAACGAUAAAUUGCUUAAAAAUGCACUACUCUCUGCCUUCGUGGCAGAGAACGGCGAGAAAAGUGCGGAGUUCGUGCCUGGGCUACAGACAACCAUUGCAGAGGAACAUCGACCAGCGGUGAUAAAGUUGCUACUGAAGGUAUUGGAUGGAAAAAUCAUGCAAAACCUGGGCAGUACCAGCGAUGCGGGACAACAUAAAGCCACAAUUGUGAACUUUAUUGGGCGUCUACGUGUCACAGAGUUAGAAAUUCUGCUUCAGCGGUGGUAUGAACCCUAUUUGCUUCUGCUCCAGCAGAACCCGAUCGAAACGGUGGGCUUUGUGCUGAUGGAGAUAGAGAAUGGGUCGACGAAGAUUCCUUCUCUGCCACCUUACAAAAUGAACACGGCGCUUAAUAUGCUAACAGCUUUACAGACGGAAGUGGCUCCACUACAGGCUGCAAGCUUCGUUGCACGUGUAAUGCAUUUGAAAAUCGUCUUUGACGCCGUUCUUGUGCAAAUGAGUCAUGCAGUAUACAAAAAAUAUAAAUCAAAUGCACUGCGCGCGUUGGUAGAUGUUUUCGAGCAAUACGACGAGGGCUACUGCUGGACAGAGGAAGAAAUCGAGGCCAUCAUGCAGGUACACGUAUGGCCCCAAGUUGAAAACUUACCCAGCGAUAGCAUUCACUCACCAACACCUCUUUUGAAACUACUGCUCACCUGGAGCCGAAGUGACCGAUUGUACGUGCUACUCAAAAGACAGCGAUAUCAGGAAUCACCGAAGGUGUCCUUUAACACUCCAUUAGACGCAAUGAUCGCUCUUCUGAGGGGGCAGCAAACGAGCAGCGGGGUGUGUCAGGAAAUUUUUGCUGCCCUUGCAGCCAUGCUGGAGUGCGAACCAUCCGCUUCUGUGGUAGAUGUGAACCACACAGCAACUGGUCGGAGUAGCAUACUGAUACCGUACGUCAAGGAGUUAAUGCAGUACAUACGAAAUUCAUUGAAGCACAAAAAAACCAUAUCAACCACCUUUUUGGUAAUCCUUAAUCGGUUGGCCGAACUGGGUUUGAUCGGAGGCGAUCGGAAAGAUGAGGCUUCCGCCGAAGACGAUCGCAAUUCGCUGCUCAAUUUGAUUUUGCCGAUACUGAUUAGAAAAGUUACCAAAGAGGGCAUCUUGGGCGAGGAACAACAGCACGAAGAAAGCAAGAACGUUCGCCUACUGCAUACCAUCAUUUUGCGCCUGUUGAAAAAGGCAAAGGAACCGGAACGCUUCAUCAAACAAAUAGCGACUUUACUGUUCAAAGUGAAUGACUUGGAAUCGAGAAAAAUUUUGAUUGAAAUGUAUGAAGAUCUUUCUGUUACGUCACGUUCGGCGGAAUGGCAGCUAGUGGCUGAUCUUGUGCGUACUCUCAACGCUAUGGACAAGCGUUGGAUUGGCCAACCGGACCAUGCCACCCGCACCAGUGGCUUCCGUCUGAUAGAUGACUUGCUUCCGGAACAGAUUACAGGAAACGUGGCCAUUGUAUUCUUAUCUCAGGCAAUGCACAUGCUACAAUUCGGAAAGGAUUUCUCUACCCGACAACACGCGUUCGAUUACGUGUGCAAAGUUAUAGUGCACUUGGCAGAGCCCGACAGCUGUGGUGUAAGCCUGGCAGAUAUGUCCUACUGCAUCGACAAGAUAGUACUAGUUGGCAUCAUGAACGGACUAAAGCUUAAACGGGACACCGAGCGGCGGAACGAGUCGAUUCAACUGCUUGGGGAACUAGCUCGCCGAAUCGGAAGAUCAUCCGGCCCGGCAUUCCGAGUAUUUACCGACCUAUGGCACUUCACCGGCCAAGCACCGGGAGUGGGGAAGGAGCUUGAUUUUUUCGACAACGUUACGCACCUACAGACACACCAGCAUCGUAAGGCACUAAAACGGUUUGCCAAAAAACUGCUCGCUAUGGUUGAGGGUGACGACGGUUGUGUGCUGGCCCCGCGCACCACGGUACAGUUUCUGUUGCCAAUCGUUUCUUACUAUGUUUGCAAUGAUGACUUUCGAAAACAAACGAAUUUGGUGGAAGAAGCUGGCAAUUCAAUCAUAAAUAUCUGUCGAACUUUGCCAUGGCGCAACUACCAAGCCGUGUUGCAGCAUUACCUGACGAGGCUUAAGUACUCGUGGGAAUAUCAGAAACAAUUGCUAAGAAUCGUUAUCGGCAUAAUGGAUGCAUUUCAUUUUGAUCUGUCCGCAGCAGCACAAGAGAACAGGGAGCAAUGUCUAGCACCAAAUCGGCUGAAUGCCUUGACGAACAAAAAGCUAGCGCUGUGCAUCCCCAACGACGAAUCUGUUCAAACGGAUGCAGAAACAGAGAUUGUGGCAGAUCCAGACUCAAUCACCGAAGGAAACGAAGAGAGCGAAUCUGAACUCGUCGAAAAUUUGGAUCAAGCUGAAGAACAAAAAUCGAACGAUAAGUCGAAAAUAGCAAAAGAAAUUGUUGCUGACAUAACACGCACAAUCAUACCGAAACUUCUGUCGUCGUUUAACUAUGCCACAGAGUCGUCAAAAUCUCAAGGAGCCUUGGGUGGUGACAAGAAGGCACGGUUCGCUAAGCAGAAGGAAGAAAUGCUUAAAUUACCGAUUGCAAUAGCAAUUGUAAAGCUAUUCAUGAAACUACCUCGCAAACAGAUAGAGGUUAAUCUGCCAAAGUUGGUUAUAAAGGUCAUCACUUUCAUGAAGUCCCGUUUAAAGACGGUCCGGGCGAAUGCUCGCAAUAUUUUGGCACACAUAACAGUGGAGCUGGGUCCAGCGUACUUGAGCUUCGUGUUACAAAAUCUACUAGCAAUGCUAACGCGGGGCUUCCAACGACACGUGCUAACUUUCACCGUGCAUACGAUCAUCGAACGAGCUCAGAAGCAUCUCGCUGAUGAGCAGGUUUUGGCAGACAUUCUGCAAACAGUGCUCCAGAUCUGCACUGAAGAUAUCUUCGGUCAGCUGAUUGGCAUCAUCAAUGGCACAACGGUUGCGGGUGGCUCCCUGAAAAUUACCUCUGCCCCCGAGGCGAAAUCCGAUCGAAAGCCCUACCAAACACUCUUUCUCCUUGGCCAGCAUGCUCGUGAGCAGAUGCUGGCCGACUUGUUCGCUCCAUUCUGCGGUGUACUGACCAAGUAUCGCACGCAUCACACGGUAAAGAAGGUCCAGGACGCUUUCCGUCGCCUUGCGGAAGGAAUCGUGGCAAAUGAAACAAUUGAUCCAGAAUCGCUGCUUCUCUUCAUUUACGGUAUGAUGUCGGGAAAAAUGUUUGACCAAUGUACGGUUGCAAUUGAAAGCGCUAGUGAUCAGCAUGAGGACGAUUCUGCGAACGCUGUAAGGCGAAAACAUCUUCUUGGGGAUGUUCCGAAACCUGGCGCAAUAUUUUUGAUUCCUGCGGAACCCAAACGAUACGGCAUGGCGUCUGCUGCAACUGGGCUGGACUAUAAUCACGAACAAAAAGAAAAUGAUCCCGUGUUUUUGGAGUGUGGGCUAGAGAUAUUGGUAAACUUCACAAAAGGCAAAUACAUCGAAGCACGGAACGAUUGCGAUCGUGAGGCAUGCUUUAAACUACGGCUCAACCCGAUCGUGCCACUGCUGGUGCAAUCACUCGACAGCAAGCACUCGAAAAUCAUCUGCCUUGCACUCAACUGCUUGAGUGCGCUGUGGGCCAGUCGGAUAACGUUGGAGUGUCUGGAGCGUCGCGAAACAAUGGAUGCGAUCGUGAAGUCGAUUUUCAGCAUCCUUCAUCGCUACAACACAGUAGCGCUCGAUGCUAACGAAUCAAACUUUUCCAUGGUACGGGCCAGUUUUAAAGCGAUCGUGGCCCUAUUCAAAUUCUACAAGCGAUCGUACCAACUGUCUACGGAACAACUGCAGCUGCUGGUGCUGUACAUCGAGCAGGACAUUUCAGUAGGUGGAGGGCGUCAAUCGAUGGCGUUUGUGUUGCUUCGUUCAAUUAUCGCUCGAAGGCUGAAUUUUUCUGAGCUCAACCAAUUAAUGGAAAAACUAUUCGCAAUAUGCAUACGCUCCGAAAGCGUUAGUGAAAGGUCUGAAUGUCGACAAAUUAUAGUGGAAUACAUCAUGAAUUAUCCUAUGGGUAAAAAGGUGCAACAGCAUCUGCUCUACUUCACUGAUCAGCUACAGUACGAAGUACCUAGUGGUCGCCAAUCGGCAGCACAGUUGCUGAAAGAACUGUUCCAAAAACUGCCCAAGGAAGUUGUUGAAAAAAAUAGCGAAGCCUUAUUCUUUGCUCUUGGGGUGCGUUUAGCUAACGAAGAUACUAGCGAGAUUCGGGCGCUUGUUGCCGAGUGUAUCGAAACGUUACUGAAACGGCUGGAUACAAAGCGAAAAGCUAAUGUCAUGACGGUCGUACAGGAAAUGCUCAUUGAUCGGUUGCUGAAGCAUCGCGAGCUCGGAGCGCAACUACUGUUGCGGAUAAUGCAUAGCGAACCAACACCAUUCUUUAUCAGCAGCUGGCUCGACAACGUGUUACCCGCGCUGCUUCUAAAUCUAGUGCCCCAAACAAAUGUUCCCACGGGUACCGAUAAUACUGCGGGAAAGUUCGUUAAGCCAAUCGUCGCCCCCGUUACGACCCUACUUAACGCCGACCCAUCAGGCGAUCAUCUCAUCAUACAGACACUGCAUGUGUUCGAGGGAUUAUUGCGGCUGCAUCCGACAUUGCUAACUGACGAGCAGUACAACGACACGGUAGACUCGUUAGCGUACACUCUACAAACGCUACUGGCUAGUGGCCAUCAAUGGGUGCGGCUUGGUGCGCUGCGUCUGCUAUAUGCCAUCAUUAACACUCUUGAUUUCGAUGCAAUUCAUAAAACGCUUCAAAAAGCUAGCGCUGGGAAUCUUAUCGACGAAGAGUCCAACGAUUCAUCGGAAACGGCUUCCACUCCCGGCAAACAGUUUCUCUACCAUGCACCUUUGCGAGAUUGCAAGUCUUUGACGCUAGAUUUGUGCGCUCAGCUAACACCAGACGCUGCCAUGGUGAACGAGCUGGAUGAUGAGGCUGCCGGGCUCGUCACUCAGAUUCUCUUCCUGCUGGCAAACAUUUUGCGUGUCGUGCCACUCGACGGGUCGAAGAAUAAAAUUAAUCUGUACUGGCUUGUACGACGAGUACGUUAUGUGAUACAGAGCGAAAUCGUCAAAAACCCGAACGUCUACACACUGCGUAAACAUGCCAUGCAUUGGCUCUCGUCAGUAGUACCCAUUCUUGACGACGACACUCUCAAGCAACUAGCUCCGGCACUGCUCAUUCCUGCGGUACGUGAAUUGUCGGAUCUUCAAAACACGACCGCCACUGCAUCCAAACCGAAUGGUGCCUCCAGAUCAGUCAUCGGUAAGAUCGCCACGAAGCUAUGCAAAGAGAUCAGUAAUCGGCUGGGUACGAUCACGUACGACAAGAUUCGAACGGCUCUGGAGCAAUCGCUAGUCCGCAAGCGUACGGAUCGAAGAGUACAGCUUGCCCAGGAAAAGAUAAACUUCCCGUUGAUGGCGGCGCGUCGCAAGGACAACAAAAAAAUACGAACACAAAAUGCGAAAAAAAGAAAAGUACAAAAACAAAACGACCUAGGCGAUUCCUUGAGCAAGGAUUAUUUGGCAAACAGCUCCGGUACCAGCAAAAAACGUCAGAGACACGGUAACUCCGCCAACACCUCGAAACGCCGCAGAACUAUGGAGUCAAUGUUUAAAAGCAAUUAACCAAUGUUGUGGUCCAGCAGUUAAGGGUACGCGAAAGUGUAGUGGGAAUGUUUGUUUUGCAGUAGAUUUCUUUCAAGAUUCUAA